CCAAUCUAGUUUCGGCAGGAUAAACCCUACCACAAAGAUGGAGGUGCCUCAGGAGCGUGUGGAGAAAAUUAAAGGAUUUGCUGAGGACCGCCGAAAGGCUGAGAAGUUCUAUGAUGAACAACGACUAAGUUCGUUUGAUAUUCAAGCUUAUGAGAAGAAAUUGGAUGAUACGUUGAGGGAGCUCCAAGACCGAGUCAGGCUCCAGGAGGAGGACCUGCGCAAGCUUCGCGCCGCCAAUGCCGAAGAUAUCUCAGAAAUCGGAAUUAAUCCAUCCUCUCGCGUCACGCAAGUACGACGAGCUAAGAAGGCUUAUGACUCGCUUCUAAAAUCGGAUACGGCUUUGCCAAAGCCAGAAUCGCCGCUGCCCUCCAUCAUUGCGCUCGACGAGACAAAACGUAUUAUCGACGAGAGUAAGAGUUCCAUCUCAGCAACAGCAGAGAGACUUGCGAAUACACGCCAACGUCUCAGAACCGAAGAGACGAAUUUGCGUGAUGCGCAGUCAAUAAGGGAUGGGCUACAAAAACGAAUAGCCAACAUCCGAAAAAAUAAGUCAAGUAGCCAUGAAAAAUUGCCUUCAGAUGCCGCACGCGAAUUGCUGGAGGAGCAACGGCGGAAGAAGAAGGAUAUUGAAAAAGACACCGACAGUAUAAGAGCUGCACUGCAUAAGUUUUGUGAUGAAGUCCUCGCAUCAAUGAUAGCAGCUGAAGACCUGGGAGGUCCAGCAGUUGGAGACGUUGCUGAAGUUUCUGACGCUAUCUUGGCAAGUGGUUACACCCGUCAUGGUAAACCAAAGAAGCCCAAGGCCGUGGACAAGGAUGAUCAGGGCAAUACCCAACAUCGGAUUGACGACAUGCUUCGCCGCCAAACCGGACAGCAGCAGAAUCAACCGUCAAAUAAGAGAGAAGUGGCGGCGACUGAGAUACAUGAACUUCUGGACACCCUACUAAAUGCGGGCUCUUCUUAUUCAGAACUGCCCCACGAAUCAGCAGCAUCUAGGUUUCUGGUAAGAGCCAAAGUUGCUCAAUUCCACCCACGCGAUGCAAGGCGUUUAAGGUUGAUCGAUUUCGGACGUUCCUUAAAUGAUUGAGUGAUGAGUGUACAGUUACGCCACCAGAAAGAUAUAAAAUUAGUAUAUAUAUGCCUCCAAACAAAUAGCCUGCAACGCCCCUGUAGGAUAUCAUGUGUAUGAACGAAGAUGAAGUCAAAGCAGAACGCCUAACAUGCAAUGCAAAAAAUAAUCAAUAGUAGUAUUCGUCCGGCAAGGUGUCAUCAAAGGUGUGAGUAAUCAAACUAUUUAGCAGUAAAAGCAAACAGGCCUCAAAUGGGCAUCAUAGCUAUUUGGCUGGUAGGUUUAUUUGGGUUGGCCUUCGAUUCUUUUCGCGCAAAGGAGCGACCUUGUGAGCGGUUGUGUGUUUUCGGGUUGCGCGAACCUUUCGUCCUUGGCUUUGGAUCGGUACUCC